AUGGAUUUAAAAAAGUAGAAAGGAUAUUUAGAUCCUAAAUAAUCAUUAGAAAUAUACGCAUUUAUAUCAAGUCAUAUGAGAGAAUGUAAAAUGUAAAGAGAAAAGAAGAUGCAGAUGAAUAUUAAACUAAAAUAUAAGUGCUUUUGUUAAGACUUUUAUACUAAAAUGGAUUCUUUUUAAAAUUUUGAGUCAAUUCAAUAAUUUGCUAAAGGAUUGAUUGGGCAAAAAUUUGAAAACGAGAUUACAGAGAAGGCAAAUAAUAAGCUUAUUUUAACUUAUAUUUACUUUUUAGUAUAAAUCAAAAAAGUACCAACUCAAGCAAUUUAUGAAGUUAUUCGAUUUUCAAUGAUUUAAAAAGUAUUGAUAUUCUAAAUUAAAUAAGGAAUAAUCUCUAAAACAAAAAGCGAUUGUUUAAAAAUUAAAACAAGACGCUUUAUAAAAAUUUAGUGAAUUAGUGAAAAAAAAUGAUCUGGUCAAUCAAAAGUUUGUUUUUAAGAAAGUUUAUCAAUACGAAGAAUCACUAAAAUCAGUGAAAAAUAAUUUAUGCGUUGUGAUUAAAUAAGAAAAGGUAUAGUAUUUAAAUAUCAAAGGACUUUUAUGGAUGCAUUCUUUAGUAGGUUAUUGAUAUUGAUAAGCUUCUGGAUGUAGGUCUUUAAUUAAUUGAAAAUAUCAAAACCCUUGAAUAACAAUUAUAAUAGUUAUUUAGAACUAAUCCAUUGAACAAUGAAUGUGACACCAUUUUCAACAUUUUCCAAAAAUAUGUUAAUUAUAAUAACUCCAGACCAAAAUUAUACAAAAGAGAAGGCCAAAUAAUGAUGCAAUUUUUGUAAUCAGAAGAGAAGAUUAUCUAUGACCCUGGUAGUUGUGUAAUAUAAAUCACCUUAAUGUAACCUAGAGGAAAUGUCAUAAGGUAUACUAGAUCAUUUUCAAAUGUUAUUGGGUAUAAAGAUGAAGAAAUAUAGGAUCAAAAUAUAAAUAAAUUUAUGCCUUCAAUAAUAGCAAAUGAUCAUGAUUUAUAUUUGGAUAAUUUUGUUGAGAGAGGUAGAAUAAAUGUAGUGAAAAAUGCUGUAAGAGUAAUUUUGGGAAAGAAUAAAUCCUAAUUUGUAGUUCCUAUUAAUACUAGAUUAAGAAUAGAAGCUAGUCCAACUGAAUUUGGGGCUACUGCUUUAAUUACACCAGUAAAUCAGUAAUAUGGCUAUAUGAUGUUGAAUGAAUAAGGAUAAAUAGAAGAACUGACUUAGAAUAUUUUUGAAGAUAUUUUUGAGAAACAAUUAGGAUUUGAGGUAGAUUAAAUUAAAGGAUUAGAUUGCUUAUUUUUUAUACCUGAAUUAUCCAAAAUUUGGGAUUCAAUAUUUGAUGAAGAUUUCGAUAAAUUAGAUAAAAGAUUGGAUUGUUAAUUAAUUCUACCUUUGAUGACUAAAUCAUUGUCUAGAAGUCUUAUCCGUUCAAGAUCGAAUAUAUUUUCGAAAUAAAACAUUCAAUCUUAUAUUGCUAAGCAGUUUGAAAAUCUUCCUAAUGACAAUGUGGUGUAUUAGGUUUCUCUUCAUUUAAUGAGUCUAAUUACUAUAAACCUUAGGUAAAUUAUGAUAUUUUAUGUCUAGAUUGAUUAUUGUUGAAAUCACAGAAUAUAAAUAAUUAGUGAACCAAAAGAUAACUAGUAGACAAUUUGUUCAAUUAAAAUAUAGAUCAUCAAUAAUAAUUAAUACUUAGUCAUAAAAGGAAAUUCAAACUCAAAAAACAGAUCUCAACUUAUUUUCUAUAAAUUCUCCUCCUAGAGGUCCUCUUCUAAAUGAAUGCAAUUUAGAAUACGAAGAUUUAAUCGAAGAUAUUAAGAUGAUUGAAGAUUUCAAAACUUAAUUAGCAUCCAUUAAUAGAACUGCUCAAAAUAAGAUGAAUGAUCUAUUUCUGCUAUAAAAUAGUAACAACUAAAUUGAGAGAAGAAUAAAUGAAUUUUAAAAAGAUCCUUCAGAAAAGAGUGAUUUUAGUGAAGCAGAUUCAGAUGCCAAAUAAAAAGUCUAAGAAUAGAAUAUUUAAUAUAAUUGUGGAUCUGUUGAUAGUCAAUAAUCUUAAAAUAAUACCACAGCUCUUAAAAGGUAAAUUAAGGAUUCUUUAUCUGAUUCAUAGGGAACUAAUAAUAAAACUAAGAUGUUUCUCCUUUUUAUGUAUGUAUUAGUAAUGUCAGGAUUUUUUGUUAAUUACUUGAUCUUGUAUUUUAAUUUCGAAAAAAUUAAUGAAAACUAAAACUAUGAAAAUUUACCAUUCCAAUUUUCCUAUUAUUAUAAUGAAUUCAUCAUUGACUAAUCUUUCUUAGCUUAUGAUCAAUUUAAUUUUACAGAAUUAAGCGAAAUAGCCUUUCAAUAUUUCUCGAUGAAUAUCAAAAAUAUUGACAAAACUAUUGUUUUAUUACCUCACAUUAAUAUAAUCAAUAACCUAACUAUGGAAAGCAGAAUGUUGAAUAUUAUGUCCUAAUUAACUAAAGUAAUUAGCAUGAAUUAAUAAAUCAACCAAUACGAAUUCUAUAACAACACUAAUGCGUUUAAUAUCUAGAUUGCUGAAAUUGAGGAAACAGAUUCUACAAAACAUUUACGUAGUUUAUCAAUUUAGUAAUUAAAUCUUUUAAAUUUUAGCGUAAUUGUUGAAGAAAUAAUCUUAUUAAUUCUAAUUGCACAAUACCUUUAUUUUUUUGUUCAAAUAUAUAAGAUGAAAUAGAAAGUUUAUCAAUUAUUUUGUACUUUCCCUAAAGAAUUAAUUUCAGAACAAUUUGUUUAAUUCACUUUGCUUUAUGCUUAAUUAAACAACACUAGAUUUAGAAAUUAUGAAACGGAUGAAGAAUAAUUUGAAACUACAAUGAUGCAUCAAUAUUAAAAAACAGCAACAUCAAAAAUGCUAGAGAAGCAUAAACAAGUUGGAAAAGAAAUCUCUAUGAAAUGUAGGGUAUUUUAAUAAAUAAUUUAGAAAUUAAUUCAUCUUAAAUCUUAUUCUUUUUGUUUGUGAUUAUGUAUGCCAUACUUUGUUCAUCUUAUUUUAUUGGAAGUUUGAUCUUAUAAUAAGUGACUUAACAAAGUGUAUCAGCAAGAUAUCAAGAAAAAACAACAUUUUCAUUCACAUUAAAUUCCUUAGCAUCUACCUUUGCAUAACAAGCUAUCCUCUUAAAUCAUACAAUGACAUCUGAAAUGGUUGAUACCUAUAAAUUUGCUGUCUAAUAAUUGGGAGCACUUAGCACUAGCCUCCCUUUAUACCAAGAAGAUCAAAACUAAUAAGUUUAUAGAAUCUUAAUUGAAAAUUAAUGCAGUUUGUUUUAGAAUUAACUGUAAAAAUACUAAUAAAAAUAGGUCUUUUGACUAUGAAGAUUAUUAAAAUCUUUUCAGUCUUGAGUAAUGUUAGUUUAUUUCCAAUCUUGAUCAAGGAUUAAGUACAGUGGUUUAAGGUUUGUAUUAGAAUUAAUUUGAUUUUCUGUAAACUAUUUCGACAAGAGUUCUAAAUUCAUCUUUGAAAUAAAAUUAUGAUAAUCCUUUAUUUCAAGUUUAAAGGUUGUACGCCUAGUAUGGAUUUUAAGUGAUAAUUGAAAUACUCACAAAAUAAAUUAAAUCAUUAAUAAACUCAACGUUUAUAAUUAACACAGCCGUCUUUAUUUUAGCUUGUAUAAUUAUGACCAUUUCAUUGAUUGCCACUAAAAUUAUGAUUGAGAAGAUUAAAUAUCAAUAUUAGGAAAGCAAACAACUAUUAACAGUGUUUCCAUUUGACAAAUUGAUGGAAAAUGCUUAUGUAAUAGGCUUUAUUACACAUGAUUAGCAUUUUAAAGUUUGA